CCUCUGACAUUCUGUCAUUUCACUUGUAUAAGACAUGAAAUUAUUUUUUCCCUUUCGUGGUACAUUCUGUUAUUCGCUACUCGGACACUUCAAAUAUUUUCCUUGAGUAAAACAUUCUCUCUGUCCGGCAGGGUCCACCGCAAGUCAGAGGGGAUGGAGCCCGCCAGCCUGCAGUCCGCCGCCGCUUCGCUGUUCCUGGCCGCGCUGAACCUCACCUCUCCUCCACCCGGCAGCGAACCACCGGCCGACCCGGCGGUCUACGCCACCUUGCUGGACGGAUGCAGGGAUUACGGCUUGACGUGCGAGACGCACGCGGUGGAAACUGAGGACGGCUACCAGCUUGCAGCUCACCGAGUGCUAGUUCCGCCGGGCGUUCCCCGCCGUGGGGCUCUGCUGGCCGUUUCAGGGCUCAUAUGUUGCUCUGACAGCUUCCUCCUGCUCCACCCUGGGAGGUCGAUGCUGAAACCUUUGUCCGAAGCGGGGUAUGACGUCACGCUGGGAAACCUGCGAGGUUCCACCUACGCGACAGGCCACGGGUGCAGUCAGCAGCGCAACUGCCGCUUCAACCUGGACGACAUGGGCGAGUACGACGUGGAGGCGCUGGUGGGGCUGACGCAGCGUGUCACGGGCGACGCGCGGCCCUUCUACCUGGGCCACAGCUCAGGAGGGGGUGCGCUCUACACGUGGCUGCAGCGCCGGCCACGCGCACACCACGUGCUCAGAGGCGCACUGCUCUGGACGCCCUCCGUCUUCUACACCGAGCCGCACAGCACCAUCCUCAAGAUUUACCAUCUCCUUCCGGAGUCCCUAUUGAAGCGGCUGCCUGAGAUCGUCUCGCACACCAGCUGCGGCCUGCCAACCACCACGUACGCCCACUACCUCCAGAACAUCAGGGCCAAGCGCCUGCAGGCGUUCGACUUUGGCCGGGAGGAGAACCUCAGCAAGUACGGCAGCGAGCGGCCGCCGGCCUACCACGUCGUCAACUCGACGCUGCCCACCGCCUUCUUCCUCGGGACGCGCGACCGGCUGGUCUCCUUUGAGGUACGCAGUGCUGGCGUCCACUGUUACUACUACUAUCACAUAUAUUAUUAUUGUCAAGUGACUUCUACUCAAUGAUAUCUAUGACUAGUUACUUACUUCAGUUACUUGUCAUAGCGCAGACCCAUCAG